UAUAUAUAAAUAAAUAUAGAGAAUGAUUAUUCCUGUAUACAACAAAACCCUUAAAAAAUACAAAUACAUAUUCAAAUAAGGAAUCCAGAAAAGGAUUCAAAUAUAUCACGAAACCAGGAUUUACUGUAUCCAAACUGCACCAAAAACAAUACAAACAAAUAAAAAUGUCGAUAGUAAAAAAAAAUGUUUUCAACGUGUCAAGAAAUGUGUUGGGUGUUUUGCCAACAGACAUUCAAACUUAGCCUAAAACAAAACAAACCACUUCUGAGCUUUUGAUUAACUCCGAUUUUUGAAGACUGAGACGGGAGAACAUCUUUUACGCAAACCAUCUUUGAUGCUGGAAAGUUCUAUAUACUGUAUAUAUACACACUUACAAUGAAACAAAAAAAAUACUCUUGACGUGAUGACGUUGACCUGACGUGUUCUUUCACCUACUGGCCUCUUUUAGUCAGCUGGAUGAAGAGAGAGAAGGGGCUGAUUAACUGGAUGCCUCUGUUUGGUGGACAAGAAUGCGGGUGGGUGGAGCUGGUGUGGAAUUCUUGUCCGUGGAAAAGAGCAGCCUCCUGUCACCGAUUCGCAUUACUGAAGCCGCGAGGCACAUUUUCCUGAAAAUUGUCUUCAAUGGUGUAGAGAUAUCUUCGUGUUUUUAUGAUGCCAAUUCAGCAAAUUCAAAACCAAUGAGUGAAAAGACAUCACACUAUACAAAUAAAAGCUGAAAAACACGUAUUUAAUUAGUAAAUUACAAUUGCUAUUGAGUUAUAAUACAAAGCCAAUAAAUAUAGCCUGAUAUAAAAUGAUUCUCAAAGAAAAGUGAGUGUCAUAAUAUAUGUAAAAUAUUUCUUCAUACACCAAAAAAGUGGAAAGGGGCAAAGGACAAAUUCAAAUUAGUGCAGGGGUUUAAACGAUUUAUUUAAACCGUUUGAAAGAAACAUGGUAUCGUAUCUGGCUCUGAAGCAUAACCUUGGUCACAAAAUAUCAUGUAUUGAAAGAAAACAGUUCCAUAGUAUUGAAUUAACGUGUCUGGGACUCUCACGGCAAGUUGUUAUAAAGAAACAAGACGAUACAUCACUCGAGAAUUAUGGACAAAAAGGAUUGAAUAGAUAGUUUGUAAACUUUGAACUAAUUCGAUAACAUCGUCAUAACAAUCUGAUGUCUUUAUGUGUUGACAUCAAAAUGCCGAAACCCGGGAUCGAACCAGGGACCUUUAGAUCUUCAGUCUAACGCUCUCCCAACUGAGCUAUUUCGGCGAUAGAUCUGACACGGAGUGUAGAUAGAUUUUAAAGACAACUGCCAAGCCAUGUAUUGUAGUACUUAGGUGAUUAGCGUUUACAGGCUAUGGAGUCCCAGCCCGUGGGGGGUGGGGGGGGGGGGCCUAAAAUCGGCCGCUGGGUUAAUUUCUUCCCUCUUCCUUGCUGGUGCGUACAGCACGAUGACGUAAUUCUGACGCCCACUUUAAGCGCAGAGGCUGCUGGGAAGAAAGGUCAAGAAUCGAUGGCCGAGGCAGGCGCGGAUUAAACGUUACCGCAGCAACAAAGAUGAACGCUUAAAUAUAACUUUAACUCACUUAAAAAGGUACUGGAACAAAACGACUUUGUUAUUUCAAAUGAGACAUGAACGCCUCGCUUCCUGUAAUACCGCGAACAUUACAAUGCGCCAUUGUCCGUUUUCAGACUCAGUCGAGCUAACUGCCGUUAGCUGGUUAGCCGCCGCAUUGUUAUUGUUUUCGCUUCAUUAGGCGACCAUAGCGCGACUGUUGCACGAGGUUCCCCGGCCGAGGCAGCGGCUCGGACGGCUUUAGUGAUGGUUAUUUGUCCGCCCCGGGAAGAUGGAUGACAAGUCCAGCAGCAGCCACCACCGGCUGCUGGUCGUCCUGCUGAUGGUGUUGCUCUUUGGCGUCAUCAUGAUCCAGUACGUCUGCCCGAGCAAGUCUGAGUGCCAGAUGCUCCACCAGCUGGGAACGUGGUUUAAGGACGGCGCGGCAACCGGGUCCCCGAGAGGCGGCGAUCAAAUCCAAGACGGGCUCCAAAAGGACCCGUACAUUGCGGAAGAUGGCGCUCUGGUCCGCUUCGUCCCGCGCUUCAAUUUCACCGACGUCGACUUAAAUCGCGCGGUGGACUUCAACAUCAAAGGCGACGACGUCAUCGUGUUUCUGCACAUCCAGAAGACCGGCGGCACGACGUUCGGUCGACACCUGGUGCGGAACAUUCAGCUGGAGAGGCCCUGCGAGUGCCACGCGGGUCAGAAGAAAUGCACCUGCUUCCGGCCAGGUAAAAAGGAGACCUGGCUCUUCUCCCGCUUCUCCACCGGCUGGAGCUGCGGGCUCCACGCGGACUGGACCGAGCUGACCAGCUGCGUCCCGUCACGGAUGGACUCUCGAGAGGCUCCCGUGGACCUGCCCAGUAGGAACUAUUAUUAUAUAACCAUCUUACGAGACCCAGUAUCGCGCUACCUGAGCGAGUGGCGUCACGUGCAGCGCGGCGCCACGUGGAGGGCCUCCUUGCACGUGUGCGACGGACGCUCGCCGACACUGUCCGAGUUGCCGAGCUGCUACCCGGGAGACGACUGGUCGGGUUGCUCCCUGCAGGAGUUCAUGGACUGCCCCUACAACCUGGCCAACAACCGGCAGACCCGCAUGCUGGCCGAUCUCAGCCUGGUGGGCUGCUACAACGUCUCCACCAUGAACGAGGACGAGCGCUGGGCACUGCUCGUGGAGAGCGCCAAGCGCAACCUGCGCGGCAUGGCCUUUUUCGGGCUGACUGAGUACCAGCGUAAGACCCAGUAUCUGUUCGAGCGCACCUUCAACCUGGAGUUCAUCGCGCCCUUCACGCAGCUCAACGGCACGCGCGCCUCCGGCGUCGACGUCCCCGACGAGACCCAGCGCAGGAUCCUGCGGCUCAACCGGUGGGACCUGGAGCUGUACGAGUACGCCCGGGACCUCUUCCUGCAGCGUUUCCAGGUGGCGAGGCAGCAGGAGCGCCGGCGGGCCAGGGCGAGGCGGCAGCAGGAGAGGAGGCGGCGGCUGCUGCGCGGACGCCUCGUCGCGAAGCCAGGGAGGCAGCUGAAGCCCACGGACGCACCCCGGCCCCCUCCGAGCCGCUCUGUGGUAGCCGAGGAGGAGCAGCUGAGGGGAAAGGCUGGUGCGGGCGGCGAGGCGUCCGAGGUGCUGCUCCCGGACUGGUGGGAUCUGGAGGAGAACGGCACCAUGGAGGAUUACAUGGACAACGUGGAGCAGUGGAAGUGAGCGACUGGAAUAAGCAGUAGCGUGUCUUAAUGCUAAGUGUGCCACGUUCUGCCUUUUCUGUUAUUUAACCAGUUAUUUAGUACGAAUUGUCUUUUUUUUUUUUUUUCUCACCAUGGAGCGAUGACACAAGUGUAUUUAUUGAUUCUGAUUGUAGUUCUUUUCCACGACGGACAUUCAUAAUGAUUUAAUUUCGUUGACAUACAGAGGCUUUUUGACUUUACCUUCCAGUGACUGCUGAAGCCUUCAACAAUUUUUAACUCUUGUGAUGAAGCUUGGGAGGGAAGGAAGCUUUACUUGUUUUCUUUUGUUUAAAAAGAACAAUCUUAAAACUUGUCUAAUCUAUAGAUGAUAUGCUACUGUUUGUGAUAUACAAUCUAUGUUUGCCAAAAUGUCCUGUCUCAAUUGUGUACAUUUAAAAACGUACCUGUGUUGUGUCUUUUUAAAGUAACGGCAAAAGGAGAAUGGGAUUUUCAUAGAUACCUCAUUGUGUAGCAUUAACUGCUAAUCUGUAAAAAAAAUGAAUUCAAAAAAGUCUGAUUAUCUUUUUUGUAUUAAAAUGCUUUUACAGUCA